AUGGAUGAGAAUGAGGGGGGCUGGGAAGAAUUUGCCGAAGAGCCGCAACAAUAUGGCGAAACGGAGGACGCAGCGGAUAUAUACGCCGAAGAGACGCUUGCAACAGCGCAGAAAAUCACAUCUGAUGACGAUGCACUUCGCUUCGAUAGCGUGAAGGAGGUGACCCUCCUUUUACGUUCAGCAUACAUGAGUCGGAUGCUGCAGAAGCUGGGUGACUACAGUGAACAAGAGGUGGUGAAGAAGACCAUCCUGCCGGAGGAUCCUGAGUACCAAUUUGUAAUUGAUUCUAGUACUCUUGUUUUGCGUAUUGAGGUGGAUAAGAGCAAAGCGGUCGUGUACCUGCGGGCACACUAUGGACAAAGAUUCCCGGAGUUGGCUAUGUUCUUCUCCGACAGUGUGCUUUAUGCCCGUAUCGUGCGCUUGAUUCAAAAUAACAUGGAUCUCUCCGUUGUCAUUGACCAGCUGGACGAGUUGAUACCUUCGCAGCUCACUGCGGUUGUGAUUGCCUGCGCCUCCACCACUGCGGGGAGGGAGUUGAGUGAGGAGGAGCUGCAUCGUGUAGUCGAGGCCUGUCAGGAGAUUGACAUCCUCGAGGCUGCAAAACAGACAUUUCUGGAGUAUAUUCAACGUUCCAUGCCUCUGAUCUGCCCAAAUCUCUGCGCCUUUUUGGGGACGGGUAUUACGUCACAACUGUUUGCCAUCGCCGGUGGUGUCAGUGCGCUCUCCACGAUGGACUCCACUGAGUUGGCACGGUUAGGUAGCAAACGCGCCGACUCCUCUGGGGUUCUAAUUAGAACAACGGGCUUUCUCAGUAACUCGGACCUUGUUGUCAACCACCCGCCGCAGAUGCGACCCAAGGCUCUGCGUCUUGUGGCAAGUACCACUUCUAUGCUUGCACGCAUUGACGCAAACCGUAGAGCUUCUAGUCAACAGGAGGGCUAUCGUCAACGGGAGAUGGCGCGUUUAAAGAUGUUAUCAUGGCUGGACCCGCCGGUUCUUCGUGGAGCUGGAAACAACACAUAUGCACGGCGCGGAAGAAAAAGACCGAGGCGGCAAACACGGUAG